GUUGGAGGCGAAGUUGGGAGAGAGAAAAAAAAACAGAAGGAAAAAAAAAGUUUAGCGGAGUGAGUGCGCAGUGAUUUCCUAACUCGCGCUACACUCGCUUCCAAUGUCUCGGGAAACUUUUAUCACGCUUGAAACUUUAUUUUUUAGAAAAUAAGUCACUUUCGGCUUUUGGAAGGAUUUUCGCAGAGUUACCGUUGGGGUAGAUAUGCGCGUGACCGCUUUACUCAGCGCGUCCUCGCGAAGCAGAAACAAAAAACCGUUGGCUGAGUUUUUGGCUGUUUGUUUGUUUUUCUGCUUUUGACUCGGAUAACUAAGCUAACUGACAAGAACCUGAGGAGAUUUGUGUCCUGUGUACACUCGCUUUUUGGAGUUUACGGUGACUUUCCACCGUUUCUGAACGGCGUCAACGCUAGAGUGACUUUUUUUCCUCCCAGGACUCUUUAUUUUUCUUGGUUUUUAAUCUUUGGCAGUCAUGGAUCCGAGCCAGCACAACCCUCCUGCCGGCCACCAGAUCGUCCACGUCCGGGGGGAUUCAGAGACGGAUCUGGAGGCUCUUUUCAACGCCGUGAUGAACCCCAAAAACGCAGCCGUGCCCCCCUCCGUGCCUAUGAGGAUGAGAAAACUUCCAGACUCCUUCUUCAAACCUCCAGAGCCAAAGUCCCACUCCAGACAAGCUAGCACAGACGCAGGCACGGCCGGCACCCUCACUCCACAGCAUGUCCGAGCACACUCCUCACCGGCCUCCCUGCAGCUGGGCGCCGUUUCGCCAGGCGCGCUGAACGCCAUGACCCCCGCGGGCACCUCCCCUCAGCAUCUCCGCCAGCCCUCGUACGAGAUACCUGAUGACGUACCCCUGCCUCCAGGCUGGGAGAUGGCCAAGACCGCUUCGGGCCAGAGAUACUUUCUAAACCACAUUGAGCAGACGACCACCUGGCAGGAUCCUAGGAAGGCCAUGCUGCAGAUGAACUCAGCGCCCCCAGGCAGCCCUGUGCCUGUUCAGCAACAAAACCUGCUAAACCCAGCCACAGGUCCUCUUCCUGAUGGUUGGGAACAGGCCAUUACUUCAGAGGGAGAGAUCUACUACAUCAACCACAAGAACAAAACCACGUCCUGGCUGGACCCGAGACUGGACCCACGCUACGCUCUGAACCAGCAGCGCAUUUCCCAGAGUGCUCCAGUGAAACAAGGACCCCCGCUGCCCUCCAGCCCCCAGAACACAGGGGUGAUGGGGGGCAACAGUCAGAUGAGACUGCAGCAGCUGCAGAUGGAGAAGGAGAGACAGAGGCUCAAACACCAGGAGCUGCUCAGGAGACCCCAGGAGCUGGCCUUGAGGAACCAGCUGCCCACGAGCAUGGAGCAGGAUGGAGGCACUCAGAACCCAGUGUCAUCUCCAGGCAUGGGGCAGGACGCCCGCAGCAUGACCACCAACAGCUCUGACCCCUUCCUCAACAGUGGGACGUAUCACUCCAGAGAUGAGAGCACAGACAGUGGCCUGAGUAUGAGCAGUUACAGUGUCCCCCGCACUCCGGACGACUUCCUCAACAGCGUGGACGAGAUGGAGACAAGCGACUCCCUCGGUCCCGCUUCCAUGGCGACACAACCAAGAAGUUUCCCCGACUACCUGGAUGCCAUCCCGGGCACCGACGUGGACCUGGGCACCCUGGAGGGCGAGAGCAUGGCUGUGGAGGGCGAGGAGCUGAUGCCCAGUCUGCAGGAAGCCCUCAGCUCCGACAUCCUGAACGACAUGGAGUCAGUGCUGGCAGCUACCAAGAUUGACAAGGAGAGCUUUCUGACCUGGCUAUAGAGCGCCAGCAACCAGCGUCACUCCACCGCCUUCUUCACACCGAACUGACUGCUGCCUAGUCCAACCUGUGAAGGAUGAUGUGUAGAAGCUUCGAGGUUUUUUUGUUUUGUUUUGUUUUGUUUUUUUUUAAAGACAUUUUACUCUACUGGACUUUUAAUUGCUUUUUUUUCCUUCCACAUUCACCAUACUUGGCCGAAUUGGUUUUAAAAGCAAAGAUGUUUUUCUCUUUUUCUUUCUUUCUUCUUUUAUCAUGUCUGCAUCCUCAAGGCUGGCCCAUGAACAGACACUUUUUCAGAAGUACCCAUAUAUAGCUCUCAUAGCUGUGCUGUAUGCCUGUCAUUUGUUUGUAUGCGUGUCGACACGUGUAGUUUCCCGGAGUGUUGCUUCGAGGGCAAUACCGAGCGAGCUGAACCUUCGUCGGCUCCUCCGUGACUGCAUGUUCUCAUCCACAGCUCGAGCUACAGCAUCUUCUCCUCCUGCGGCUUCCUCCCUCCUUCAUUUACCACCAAACCAAAAAAUGAGCAGGAGGGCUGGUUGCGGCAUGUGUGGGUGCGUGAUUACGAGACGAAGCCGUGGCUGUGGCAAGGCAAUCACCCUGCUUGGCUGUGCCAGCGUAUCUAACUAUGAAAAAACCUUGUCUAAUCAAGUGCCUUCAGUUUUAUCUCUUAGUGGAGCAAAUGAAAACACUACGUUUGUGUCUUUUCUUCAUAAGGCAGUACACUUUAUAUAUUAGAACAACAAUCGACCGCACUCUUUUCUAUUUACGUUUCAUUAAUCAGAAAAGAUUUAGAAGUUAUAAAUGUCGGGAAUUAGGAUUUUCUUUCUGUUUUUUUUUUUUUAUAAACCCUAGCCUCUUUGUAUGAGUCUUAUUUAAGCCUGAUUUUAUUUUUUCCACUCCUUUUCUUUUUUUUUUGGCUUGGUUAUGGCAUUGCCUGAUAGAUCAAACUCACUAUAAUAACUGAUUUCUGUUGGCUCUAAUUAUGGUCGCCUUCCAGCACAUUUCUAAUGUCUAUUAUAAUAUAUAAUGGCAGAUGGAGCUGAUCAUUGCUAUAUUACACAGUAAUCAGCGGAGGUGAUCUCCCUAGAUUGAAACGUGUUCGUAUACCAAUAUCUAGAUUUUUGUUAUAUCAUUAUUGAUAUCAUUUUUUUUUUGCAUAUGUAGUGACAGUAUCUUUAACUCUCAGCCAAAAGCAAGGAACAAGACACAAAAGGAGAUUUUGAUCAAUACUGUGUGACGAAAGUGCCUCCGAUACAGAGGAAGAGUUUGGGCAUGAAGCGAUGGUUCUGCUAUGUUUCAGCUGGAUAAAUAAGCACGUCACGAGGGUUAGCGGUGUAGAGUAGCGGUUAGCUGGUACCUGAUUGUGGUCAAAUGGAUUAUGAAUGAUAGAGAUAGAUGCUGUAAUGGAAACAAUCAGUUAUGAUUUCUGUCAGGAUAUUUUUUUUUUUCCUUUUUUUUAUUUUGACAAGGCUUCCAAAGAGUGUUUUGUAAUUCUUUUUCUCUUAAAAAAAAAAAAAAAGGCAACAAAAAAUAAUUUAUCGUAACUUUUUAGUGUACACAUACGGCAUAAGCUAAUGAGAAAAGGUCCAGCUGACGCUCCGUCAGCGGAUGUUUGAUGAAAGAGUUUGUCACAGCAUCCCGUGCAAGUUCAGUACUAGACACUUGUUGAACACGUUACCUAGAACAACCUAUUUGUCAAGCGUUUACAUUGCAGAGCGAGAGAACACUACAGGGACUUUUCGGUGACAAAAGUUGUUGCAAAUGCUUUAUACAGUAACACGACGUGUAUUUUCAGAUGUUUACAAGGUUCUUAUCCCUACACUACGCUAUGCUAUCUCAAAGACCCCACACUCUAAAUGUGUUAUGUAGGUAAUGUGUUAUACACAUACACUUUCAGCUGCAUUUUUCACUUCCCCAGUCCAUGUGAACAACUAAAUUAGUGAUCAAACUGGCUGACUACGCCACUGAGAGCUUGUGAAAAACACCGGAGUAGUAUGUUUAGAGUAGACUUUAUUUUUGCAGACGUAUAGUAUUGAUGGAGGACACUCGGGGGGGUAAAACAGUGUUGGAGAAAGCAAUGCAACGAAGAGUAAUUUUAUAAAUUGUUGGUACAGUGCUGGUAUUGCACGUUUUAAAAGAACAUUGCGCAAAAUGUGUAUGUCACUUAAACAUGAUUUUAUGCGUAGUUAGUGUGCGACUCUCAGAAUAUAUAAUAACUUUACUGUUUUGUAGUGGUAGUACUAAUCACUCAAGUUAAAGGAUUGGUAUUUAGAUAUGUCUAAAUGCACAGAGAAUGAAUUUAUAUCCAUUUAUUAUGAUCUUUUAAUAGAUGUAUGUGCAUGUAUCUUAGAACCUUAAGUUCUGUUACAUUCUAUCUCUUUGCAUAAUACUUUAAAAUGGGCCUGUAAUAAAGUAUAUACUUUGUUGUA